GCAGCCCGCCCCAUAGCCCGGCCCACAACCCGCCCCAUAGCUCCCUCCCUCCUGCGCAGAGCAGCACUCCGACACUAUUCCCAAAACUCUCCUGUAACCUUUCCCAAAACCCUUCUCCAAAUCAUCUUCCAGCCUUCCCAAAACUUCAUCCCAACCUUCUUCCAACCCUAUAACCUUCUUCCAGCACUACAACCUCCUCCCGAUCUCCUUCCAAUCCUAUAAACCUCCCAACCUUCUUCCAACCUUCUACAACCAUUUUCCAUCCUUCCUCCAACCCUCCAACCUUCUUCCAACCCUACAACCUUCUCUCAACCCUAAAAACAUCUUCCACGCUUCUCCCAACCCUACAGCAACCUCCUUCCAACCUUCUACCAGCCAUCUUCCAACCUUACAACAACCUCCCAACCUUCUUUCAAUCCUACAACCUUCCUCCAACCCUAUAACUUUCUUCCAACUGUCUCCAACCCUACAACCAUCUUCUACCCUUCUUCCAGCCCUACAACCGUCUUCUAACCUUCCUCCAACCCUACACCCAUCACCCAACCCUACAACCUUCUUCUAACCCUACAACCUCAUCCCCCCGACCCCACCAUGUCUGUCACCAUCACCAGGAAAUCUGUGCGGAGCAGCUCGGCCGUCCCGAUCCGAUCUUUCAGCUCCCGUUCCUUCACUGCUGGCCCCGCCGUCAGGAUGAGCUCAGCCUCAGCCUUUGGCACCCUCAGUGGGAGCCGUUUUGGGGUCGGGGGGCUGCAGCGGGGCCCCGUGGCUGUGCCUGGGGGUGGCAUCACAGCCGUCACCGUCAACCAGAGCCUCCUGACCCCCCUCAACUUGGAGAUCGACCCCAACAUCCAGCAGGUGCGCAAGGAGGAGAAGGAACAGAUCAAGACCCUCAACAACCGCUUUGCUUCCUUCAUCGACAAGGUCCGGUUCCUGGAGCAGCAGAACAAGAUGUUGGAGACCAAAUGGAGUCUCCUGCAGUCUCAGCAGCCACAACGCAGCGACCUGCGGGGGCUCUUUGAGGGCUACAUAGAGACCCUGAGGAGGCAGCUGGAGGGGCUGGGCCAGGAGAGGCUGAGGCUGGAGGCUGAGCUGGGCAGCAUGCAGGGCCUGGUGGAGGACUUCAAGAACAAGUACGAGGAGGAGAUCAAUCACCGCACUGAGAAGGAAAAUGAGUUUGUGCUGCUGAAAAAGGAUGUGGAUGAAGCAUACAUGAGCAAAGUGGAGCUGGAGUCACGGCUGGAGAGUCUGACAGAUGAGAUCAACUUCCUGCGGCAGCUCUAUGAUGAGGAGCUGCGGGAGAUGCAGUCGCAGAUCUCCGACACCUCCGUGGUGCUUUCCAUGGACAACAAUCGCAGCCUGGACCUGGACAGCAUCAUUGCUGAGGUGAAGGCACAGUAUGAGGACAUCGCCAACCGCAGCAGGCUGGAGGCUGAGACCUGGUACCAGAGCAAGUACGAGGAGCUGAAGACGACGGCCGGCAAACACGGCGACGACCUGCGCACCACCCGCAGCGAGAUCAGCGAGCUCAACCGGAUGAUCCAGAGGAUCCAGGCUGAGAUCGAGGUGCUCAAGAACCAGCGAGCCACCCUGGAGACGGCCAUCGCAGAGGCAGAGGAACGUGGGGAGAUGGCCCUGAAGGACGCCAGAGCCAAACUGUCUGAACUGGAGGCUGCUCUGCAGAAGGCAAAGCAGGACCUGGCCCGGCAGCUGCGUGAGUACCAGGAGCUGAUGAACGUCAAGCUGGCCCUGGACAUUGAGAUUGCGACCUACAGGAAGCUGCUGGAGGGCGAGGAGAGCAGGUUGGAGUCAGGAAUGCAGAACCUCAGCAUCCACACUCGGACCACAGGAUACUCAGGAGGAUUUGGGGGGGGCUUUGGGAGCUCCUUCUCCACAGGUUACACCGUGACCCCCCCAGCGCUGGAGAGUGCAGCUGUCCCCAAAUCUCGUGCCAUCGUCAUCAAGAAGAUCGAGACCCGCGAUGGCAAACUGGUGUCGGAAUGUGCUGAUGUCCUCACCAACUGAGCCCCCCUACCCCCCUCCAGGAGACCCCAUAAGGAAUGCAACCCCCUGGGAGCCUCUAAUCCUGAGCCAGUGCCCUGCUGUCCGUCCGUCUGUCCCCUGUCUCCCUGUGUCUAUCCAAGCUACAGGAUAGGGUGGGGGCUAUUGGGAUGCCCCCCCACCCUGUGAGUCCCCCCUUUACACCUCUGGUGUAUGGGUGGGGGGUGUUGAGGUCCUGCAAUAAACUCAAUAAAACCCUCAA